AUGCUAGGUAAGUUCGUCAUUUUGAGCUCAUCACCCAUUUCUAGGGGCAACCCUCAAUUGGGGGGCUUUGUUGGGAUAUACUGCCGUAAAUUCUUUUAACUUUUCAAUAUGUGUUCCUCUGUACAUCUGUGGUCUUUGUCAGACAGUUAUGUAUGAUUCAGUCUAUUCGCAUCAAGUGAGCAAUGGCAAACUUGCAUGUUUUCGUUUUACGCUUUGCUCUGGGUUGCGCUUUCAAUGUAUGCCGUCUGUGUAUUUCAAUUUACUCUCGGUUCUUGUUUACUUUAAGGAUUCACCUUCAAUUGGGGCGUGUUCCUCGGUUUUUCAGCUAUUAACGGCACAUGUCCCCUCAUGAUCUGCCUCCCACUUUACUUUUCUGCUGUCGCAUGGACUGUCAUAUACGAUACUGUUUAUGCUCAUCAGGUGUGUUUGCGUGAACCCAGAGCUUAUUUUUUCCAUUCACUCACCCCCUCUGAUCAAAUAUCCACCUUUUAAGGACAUAAAGUACGACAAGAAGCUGGGUCUUAAGUCCACGGCCAUCCUCUUCGGGGAUGACACGAAGAAGUGGCUGUCGGUAUUUGCCAUCGUUAUGGCGGCCAAUCUUGGAAUUGUCGGAAUCACAUCCGAAUCAGGGUGGAUAUACUUUCUGGGCGCGGGUCUUUCCAUGAUUCGCUUGGGAUUCUCAGUAAGUUUUUUGAAGCAACUUGCUUUUAAGACAUUUAGUCAAAUGUUUUCUUAUCGCAUGCAGUCUGCGGAUUUCGGUUACACAUAUUCAUGCUCUUAUCCAUAUGAGUCCGAUCUUGUUCGUGGACAAGCUUUUUGUAACAUAAUAGCUGUCAGUUGCAAUUUCAUAGACGUUCAUGUUGCUAUCCAGGAUAUUUCGGUCAUACCAAUUUACCUGACAAACUGGUAGUGAGAAAUGAAAUCAGUCAUGUCUCCGGGUGACUGCUAUUGACCCGAAUUAGACACCACAUUUGGUUGUCAUUAAAGAGGAGCCAUCGCAGUUUGACUCUCAAUCCACCAGUCGGCCAGCCAACAUUCAUAGGCACCUGGGCUGGUUGCAUGGUCUUGGUUGAAGAAUGAGUCGAUAACCUUCCUGGCCACGACUUCUAGCGCACCGUGAUAGUUUCAAGCGUGUUAGACUUCUAAUAUUAAGGAAUUGUGCGCCGGCUGUCCACCCACUCAAUCCACUCUUCCCUGUGCACCAGUCGACUGUCCAACCUGGUCAACCAGCUGACACCAAGAUUAGGAGAGGUAGCUGACACCUGGGAACGGCUCAUCUGCUCAUGCCGCACGCACAACCUGGCCUCCUAUACGCACAUCGGGAUUUCGCAUAAAAUGGGAUAGACUGCUCGUGUCUCACAUGUGACGGAAGGGCACCUGCGUGAGAGGUGCCGACGGUGUGAGAUGUCGAAUUUGUUCAUGUAUGCUGUGAUUUACCGCAGGUUUUCAUGGCGGCACGUGUGACCGAGCAGGCCUGUGCGAUGACUGAAUGUGCAAUGGCAGUUGAGUCAAUGAUGCAUGGUGUUGGUGCUCCAGGCACUGGUUCGCCAGUUUCUGUGCGAUGGAUUCGCAAUUAACCCGGUGCGUGAGGUGAGUAUUCGAUCAUAGUUAGGACAGUUUGGAACCGAGUCCACAUCGUUGGAGUUAAGGGUUGUGGUGGUGAAGAUGGUUGUUGUUGGGGCGUCGGAAGUGUUUUCAUUGGUGGCGGAAAUGGGAGAGAUGGCGAUCGUAGCCGUUGUGGUAGGGAUAAUGGAGAUGGCGGUGAUCGACGGUGACCGGGCAUCGGGAUUGUGAUCAUCGGUGGUGAGGAUGGUCAUCUUCGUGGACGCCGUGGGGGUUAGGGUGGGGGCGGCCGAUGAGGCAACGGUUGGGUUUUCGGAUCGUUGGUGAAUUUGGUUCCAAGAUGUCUGGCAAAGCAAUCCACGUGCAGAACGUUCGUUAAUAGCGCGGACAUGUUGAGAGGGAGUUGGACGUUGACCUUGCGGAUAAUGAGCGCCUGAGACUGGUAGCGGCGAUUCGGUUGGCUUCACACAUUGCCGCUGCAAUCUUCACUGCUCCUCUGCAGGCCGAUCGGUUUUACACGAGGUAUUCGGGUGGAAUUUGCAAUCGCUAUCAAGGAAUUCCUCGAGGUGUCCUUGUUUCGGCGCUCAAGACCUCACUUUCGGUGUUCGUAGAGAUCUCUGCAGAAGAGUCGUUUGGAGUGUCGAUCAUCGUCCACUUCAUCGUAGUUGCAGUCGUCUCAACAUGGCGUUGAUACUGAUGAUUUCAGUCCAUUCCAAAACUCCCGUGUCCGGGACCCUGUCCUGCCACCUCAGAUACAAUAUCCAGCAGAAACAGUUGAGGUGGGAUUGAUUGAGUUUCCGCGCCUAUUUCUUGUAGACUAUCCAGGCCUUCCCAUCAUACAGCAACGUCUCCAAGCUGACAGCCUUGUAUAUCUCCAGUUCAAUGUAUAGAUGAAGACAGUGGUGAUUCCAUCAAGAGUCAUGCAGCCGGCCGAAGACCUAGCUGACUUUGGAGACCAGGUGUCCCUCUUCCUCAUCAUCGAUUUUGGUGCUGUGGCGGAGUGUACUGCAUAAAUAGGCUAAGUUGUCUACGGUCUUCAGUUGCCUACCGUGAUUUGGAUGUGGGGAACAUAUUAUGCAGCUUUGUGCGGCGGCUAAUACUUUACCACCGUCUUGUCCCUGCCGAUGACCAGUUCGAAGUUGGCGCAGCUCGAGGCGAAGAGGUCUAGACUCAGCUGGAUGUUUGCAUCUGUCACGGUGUUGAGUGCGCAGUCGUUCGCGAAGAGCCAAUCGUAGAUGGUAGUCGUGGAGAGACGCGUGGGGGUCUACAUGCGUAGGUUAUUCGGAAGCUGACCAUCGAUCCUGUGGGCGAUGCUGAUCGCGGGACGCUCAUCACGGUAUGGUGUCCAUCAGCAUGGCAGAGGACAUGAGGCCAAAGAGGAUGGGAGCAAGUAUGUAGCCCUACUUCACUUCUUUAGUCUUUGCAAAUGCUUCUGAGUUGGCUUUGUUGUCCGUGACGUGCGUCAUUUCGUCAUGGAGGUAACGCAUCUGUGCUUGAAUCGCCCAGGACAUCCUAUUUCCUGCACGAUUUUCCAGAGUCCAUCGCGACUCGUGUCCAAGGCUUUCGUCAGAUCUAAGAAAGUAGUUUAGAGUUGGGUCCGAAUCACCUGAUACUUGUAACUGACGGGCGACGAAGAUCAUGUCGAUGGUCCCGCGGUGUCAUCGGAAGCCACACUGGCUUUCCGGCAGAAGUCCUUGUCCUUGAUGGCCAUCGGGGUGAUUGGGGAGGGUGUGAACGCAGGCCUUCCCGGUGAUGUUCAAUAGCGGGAUUCCUCUGUGGUUGUCACAGACUUGCUGGUUACCUUUUCUCUUGUAAAGAUGGAUGAUUUUCUCGUCCUUGAAAUCCAGAGGGACUUGUCCUUGAAGCCUCAAAAAACCCACUGUUCGUGUAGGCCGGCGUACGCUCAAUACCACCAAACUUAGACUCCAUAAAUCCAGCAGUAGGGUCAGGUCUACAUUCCCUAGUUACGACUUAUAGUGCACUUGACUAGACCGUUUUAUGUCGCUGCAAACAAGUAAUACGACGCAUGAAGUUCGAACCACUGUUUUACUUUUAAGGGCAGCUAGCCGCCACUUUUUUCGCUGUAAUAAUGCGUCGCUUUCGGGUUAUCGGAGUGACUGAUAUCAUAACACUUCUUUGCCUAGAACAUGUUCUUGAUUUGACGAAAUAACUGGCACGUUCGACUUGCAACCAUGCAACAUUUAGACCGUCGCGGUGUUUUGGUAGUCAUAGUUUGCGGGAGAAUGCGAACGCAUCCUCAAAUGGAAUGUUUGUAUAUCAGGUUGCGGCGCCCGCAGUGGUGAGGGUGUGAAAUGACCACCGCAGUCUUCGUUGGCGGUCUUCCCACAAGUGAUUGCUUUCUCCUUUACUAUCUCGAACGGCAGCAUGAACGUGGGUACUUUCGGAGCGAAUUCAUUGUUAAGUGCAGACGUAUAUUUACGUGUAAAUAAAUAUUUCCGCCGUCAUCUAGUGGUGCGCCACCAAUUUUUUCAGGAGUUGCACCAUCAGGUGGAUUAAAUACUUCCCCGCUAGGCCCAGGACUAAAACUCUUAUAAAAAUUCGACGUUAAAACCCUCAUUCCUGAAUUGCCCGGUAAGACGACCGCGGCAAUAGUUCUGAAAGUAUUACUUUUCUUCCUAAUCUUAGAAUUGCAUAGCAUUGGGUCUGAUACAGCAUUGUGUUUGUGUUGAGGUUGUCUUAUCGCGUGAAGACCGAUCGUAAGCUUUCCGUUCGCGUCUGGACUUCGAUACUUACAAGGGUUUUGGCAAGAUCUCGUUCAUAUAGACAUCACACUAACUAAAUGAUUAUUUUUUACGCUCUCCAGAAAUAGAAUGGCAUAGUGCAUGCUGCAUAAAACAAUGUCCUACGAAGGUGGCCUGUGCUCAGGGGGAGGCGAGGGGCCAGGCUAUGUUAUAUCCAAUCUCGUUCAUCAUUGCUCCACUAGAUGGCAUAAAUGACUCUUGGGUUGAGUUGAUCAAGGUCCGCCUUGUCGGCUUUAAACGACACAGUAAGGUAUCGCGUUUCGCGCGGGCCCAUGUCGAACCUAGACAUUUUCUGCUGGCAACCCACUUGUCUGAACCUUGUACGUGCUCAUCACUCUUGUAGUCAUAGUGAACGACUCAACUUAUAACGACCCAGGAUUUCUGUGGCUCAGCAUUCCGACCUUAAUAAACAAUAGCCGGUCUUAACUGAUUUGGAAUUCGUCAAAUUAUCACUCCUAGGAAACGGCGCCUCCUUUUCCAAUGUCCUCUGUUUGGUUUACUGAGCAUAUCACCGCCUACCCACGAGAGAUGUCAACUGUUUAAAGUUUCGACUCUGAUUUUCAUUUCUUUGAAAUGAAUAUUUUGUUGCCCCCUUUAAAACUUCCACUCUACCUGUUAAAAUUGUAGCUGUACAAGACCGAUCUAUACAACCCAGCGAGCUGUUUUGGUUUCUUCCGUCACAACCGGCACGUUGGGAUGAUGCUGUUUGCAAGCAUAGUUAUUGAUCGAUAUCUACAGGGUGUUAUUUCGUCUUGA